AGUUUCAAGGACUGUAAUGUUGAGUUUUAUGACUUGAACGAUUAUCAGUCAACAGCUGAGGGCUGGAAUAACAAUGAACGAGUCUUGUUCUUAGUUCCCUUGAGAGAUGCCUCUAAACAUUUGCCAAUGUUUUUCUCUCAUAUGGUCAAUCUCACCUAUCCUCACCAUUUAAUCGAUUUGGCCUUUUUAAUAUCCGAUACUAAAGACUCAACCUUAAAAGAUUUGAAAACCCAUUUGCAUCUAAUUCAAAACUCUCCGAAAAAAUCUUUGCAUUUUGGUCGAAUCGACAUCUACGAAAAAGAUUUCGGCCAAUCAAUUGGCCAAUCUUUUUCCGAUAGACAUGGCUUUCAAGCUCAAGGCCCAAGAAGAAAACUCAUGGCCAUUGCAAGAAACUGGUUGCUAUUCAACGCCUUGAAACCAGAUCAUUCCUGGGUCUAUUGGAGAGAUGCUGAUGUUGAAAUCAUUCCUAAAACUAUUAUUGAAGAUUUAAUGCACCACAACAAAGAUAUCAUUGUUCCAAAUGUUUGGAGACCCUUGCCAGAUUGGUUAGGUUAUGAACAGCCUUACGAUUUGAACUCAUGGCAAGAAUCCGAAGGUGGAAUUGAUCUAGCUGACUCCUUGGAUGAUCAUGACUCUGUAAUUGUCGAAGGCUAUCCCGAAUAUCAAACUUGGAGACCUCACUUGGCCUACCUAAGAGAUCCUUAUGGUGAUCCAGAAGUUGAAAUGGAGUUAGAUGGCAUUGGCGGAGUAUCAAUCUUAGCAAAAGCAAAUGUCUUUCGCAGUGGUUCCAUGUUUCCUGCUUUCAGCUUCAAGAAACAUGCUGAAACUGAAGGCUUUGGCAAAUUAUCAAAGACAAUGGGCUUUGGAGUUUUUGGUUUGCCUCAUUAUACAAUUUGGCAUAUCUACGAACCAAGUAAAGAUGAUAUAAAACACAUGGAGUUUAUGAAAAAAGAAGAAGAAAGAAAAAAGAAAGAAUUGAAAAAUAAAUUGAUAUUUAACAAAGCCUGGAGAAAUGCUUUUGAAAGUGUCGAUGACGAAUGGAAAAACGAAAAAUUCGAUGUCUUCAAAAACACAAUAAUGAAAAAUAGAAAAAUUGAUGUUGACUGGUCCGAAGUUGAUGAAGUUUUACAACUAGUAGAUAAGAAACCAGGUGAAAUAGAUUAUAAUGAUCAUGAGGACGUUCAACAAAAUGUCUUUAAU